UGUCCAGUAGAUCUGCUUGUGUUCCAGCAUGGAUGUGUAAAGAAUUUAUAUUCUAGUCGGAGAAUACAAGUAGAUCUUUUUGCUACAGCCGUCGAUUAAAACAUAGAAAUGGCGGGAAGCAGACUGGAGAGGUUCGGGACGGUGUUCACCCGGGUUCGAGAUCUGAUGCGCUCCGGGGUCAUAAAGCCGUCCCAGAAGCCCAUCUGGUACGAUGUUUAUCAGGCUUUCCCACCCAAGACGGAGCCGCGCUACGUAAAGCCACAUGUCAAAUCUAUCGCCAAGAAACAGGAAACGGUGCCUGAGAUCUUCUACAGAGAGGAUGAAAUUCGAGCGAGGUUCUAUGAGCAGUAUACGAGUUUUCGGACCUUUGAUCUGUCCAAGUCAGACUUUGUUUCUCUGAGUCAGAGGUUUGUAGAUAAAUACACCGAGUUAGAAAGCAGAAACGAGCUGGAAGCCUCGACUCUGUUUGAGGAGACGGGGAAGGCUUUACUGUCAGAGGGCCUCGUGCUGAGGAGGAGCGGAGCUCGGCCCGUGUCCCCAGAGUCCCCAGAGUCCUCAGAGUCCCCAGAGUCCGAGGACCCGGUGCUGGAGCCGACACUAACGGACCCGUCGGUGCAGCUGCAGGCGGUCAGCGCUGAGGAGACCACAGACGCCACACACACCCCUCAGCAGCCAGAGGCCCAGUAAUGCUGUUUGACUGUGUAAAGCUAUAGUUCUGUUCUUCUGGAAGUGACUGUAAUCUAUAGAAAUGAUCAUAUUAACCAUCAUGUCGUGACCGGGACACCAGCUCACACUGCUCCAUCAGCAGGACGGUGUCCCUGAAGGAUGGAGGAGCUAUGAACCCUACAUCAGAGUGAAUGGGCCAAGCACAUACAGUAUGCUUUGGAUAUGUAUGUAUGUAUGUAUGUAUGUAUGUAAAAUACUUUAAAAUAAAAAAACAUUUGAGUUCUGACUUUAAAGUACAAGUACAA